GAUCCACAACAACAUACACAGCACCAGAGCGCAGUCCAAUGCAGUCAGCAGACAUGUCAGAAGAAUGUUGCCGUUGUUGACAGACAUAAGUGAAAUGUGAUGACCAUAGCAUAAUUCUUGCUGGGAAGUUAAAGUUCUUGAAAACUAAUUUAGUAAUUAUAUUUGGAGGAGAAUUUCAUCCAAACAACAAAUAUGAGAGAGAGUCAGUAUCGGUGGGUCUUGUACCUCCAAUACUUCCUCAUAUUUGUUGAUUUAUUCGUCAAUUCUUUUGUGGAUCUCCUUCGGCUUGACAAUGUCACCCAACUUGUUUUAUUUAUAAUCCAAGACAUUUGCCUCAUCUUUGCGACGAUCGUUGUAUUCUUGAUGUUCUUCAACACCUAUGUAUUUCAAGCUGGGCUAGUGGGAUACCUUGUGCAUAAGUUCAAGUUCACCAUUGCCAUACUUUUUCUGUAUUUCAUUCUCUGUCUGGGCCUGCAUAUUUGGACAAUGACAUUAAGAUGGGGAAACAUUGAUGCUUAUAUCUGGAACGAGGGCUUCCAAGCUCUGUAUGUCUUCCAGAGAGUAGGUGCUGUAUUCUACUAUUACUACUACAAACGGACAGCUCUUCGAUUAGGUGACCCAAGAUUCUACAGGGACUCGGCCUGGUUAAGGAGACAGUUUGGAAAAGUUUGGUAGAGUCGGGCUUGCUCACCGUAUUUCUUUCAUCUCCUGAAAUUGUGAAUAUGCAAAUAGUACAUUUUGUGAGUUUUUUAAUUUAUUUAUUGUUUUAGAACUAACUACCUGAGAUUACUGAUUUUAUUCAAUGUUGUAUUCAUGAGUGUUACCAAAGAAGAAAUCAAACAUGUCGGGUUUUGCCUCUGUUGAUCCAGAUAUUCAGUUUAUAGAUUAAGCCAUGUCUGAAUCGCAUGGCUACCGGCCAAAAUAACAUGCACACCUAUGGAAGCCACUAUCUAGCGGCUGGAGUCACUUCCCAUAGACUCGUGUAAUAUUGCUGGCUAUAGCCAUGUGAUUAUGGCACGGCCUUACUGUUGGUUCUUUGUAUAUAUAGCGUCCUCAAUAAGUGCUGACAUUGGCUCUGCUUGCAAGUAGACCAAAAAGCGCCCUCAGUGAAUCAUGCAUAUAGCCAAUGAAGAAUUGACAGCCAAAAGAUUGAUAUAUACAGAGUGAGGAAUGAACAAAGGCUACUCGAUAUGGCUCUGUAUAUGUAUAUUACUUCAAGGGUUUUGUUGUAGAGUCCAUUACAAGUCCAUCACAAAUCAUUCAGUAAAUAUGACUCGAAGCUUUGCAUGGCGGAUGAGAUAAAGUAGAAAGAUUGCGGGUAACACCAUCAUGUUGUCGAGACCAUCACAAGACAGACACAAGAGCAGCACAAGACCAUUCAGAAGACCAGCCACAAAUAACAGGGCACGAACAAUGACA